UGUCAGCUCCUGCCUCGACUGAUACGGCUGGAAUGUCAGCGAAAGAAGCCAAGGCCGCCGCAAAGGCUGCCAAAGCCAAUCGAAGAGCAGCGGCAAAGGGCCUGACACCAGGGGAGAUGAAGCAGCUUGAUCCUACUUCCGCCUCGUCAAGUACAGAUACAGCCGGACCUUCCUCGCGGCCAGUGGCAGCUGGAGCAGAAGGCAAAAAGCCUGCUGCUGUGAAGGCCCCAGGCGGCUCUGGUGGUAGUGGUUUCGGUGCAGGCAAAGGCGCUGGGGGCGCCAAGCCGGCCAAUACCACCACAGCAGCUUCUCUAGCAUCGUCCACGCCUUUCCUCCUCAAUCCUCCCCCUGUCAAGCUCCCACACGCCUCGCCUUCGACAGCGGCCGACCUCAUCAGCACAGUCCAUCCUCCUCCAUCGUCGAAGCAGUCCAAGUCACAGCUCCUCGUCUCCUCCGUCUCGCGAGGUCUGCAUCCCUCUGUCAUCCUCCUCAUGCAGCAUCUCGCCUCCCAUACCCUGCUGGGCUCGUCAGCUCGAGCCAUCGCCACUUUAGCGGCCCUCCGAGACUUCAUCGUCGACUAUCAUACACCUGCGGGAGCUGUGCUGAAUAGAGACAUGGUCACCAAGCUCGGACACCAAAUCUCCGGUAUCACUAGCGCCAGACCCCUGGGAACGAGCGCAGGGAAUGCAGUCAGAUACCUCAAGUACGAGAUCAGCGUUGUACCCGCCGAGAUGGGGGAGAGGGAGGCCAAGAGUCAUCUCGUAUCGCGAAUCGAUCACUUCAUCAGAGAUCGAAUCGUCUUUGCCUCGAGGGUCAUCUCUUCCCACGUGGGAGGGAAGAUCAAGGAUAGCGGAGAUGUGAUCUUGACUUUUGCGAGGAGCUCGGUCGCUGAGCAGGCUAUUGUCGACGCAUGGAAGAAGGGGAAGCGAUUCGAGGUCAUUUGUGUUGGCGGAGAGACAUUCGAGGAAGGCAAGCGUCUCCUCCAAUCUCUCCUUCACCACGGUAUCCCCACAUCCUAUGCCCCCCUCACCUCUCUCUCCUCCAUCCUCUCGCGCGUCACUCUCGUACUCCUAGGGACCGCCUCGCUUCUCGCUAACGGCGCCCUCUACUCGCGCGCCGGCACAGCAACAGUCGCGAUGAUGGCCCACCACCGGAAGAUUCCCGUCAUUGUCUGUUGCGAGACGUACAAAUUCAGCGAGAGAGUGAGGCUAGAGGGAGUGGGCGGAAACGAAAGGGCGGACCCAACGCCUCUCCUUCCCGAGGGAGAGUGUCCCUCGAAUCUCUCCGCCCUAAAUCUCCUCUACGAUCUCACACCGCCCAAAUACAUCACCGCCAUUGCCUCUGAGGCAGGGCUGAGCGGGCCGGAGAGUGUGGCGAUCUUGUUGAGGGACUACAAGAGUAUCCUCUUUGGUAGUUAGAGAGAGAAGGGGGCUUGAAAACGACUCGCGUUGUCGCGUUGCCGAUCCUACCCAAUGUUAUAUCGUAUGAUAC